AAGCUAGGACGCGUCUGAACUUAAGUCUUGGCUUGGUGUUGUGGAUCGGAAACCAUGUCGUUGAAGGUACCCAAAGCCAACAACAUCCAGCUAUUUAAGGAUGGGUACAAGCACCUCCAGGGCAUCGAGGAUGCCGUUCUUCGAAAUAUUCAAGCAGUUUCAGAGUUAUCCGAUCUUGUACGGACAAGCUUUGGUCCAAAUGGUCGCAAUAAACUAAUAAUCAAUCACCUUGGCCGACUUUUCGUAACAUCUGAUGCCGCUACCAUCAUCAGAGAGAUCGAAGUCGUUCACCCAGCAGCUAAGCUCCUUGUCAUGGCAUCGCAAGCUCAAGAGUCUGAGAUGGGUGACUCCACCAAUAUGGUCAUAAUUCUCGCUGGAGAACUUCUUAGGAAGUCUGAAAACCUGCUUGUCAUGGGGCUACACCCUAGUGAAGUAAUUAAAGGUUACGAACUUGCAUGCGCUAAAGCUCUCGCGGAACUUGAGAACCUACCAACGUCCAGCCUGCCUUCCCCUUUUACCCAGGAAUCUCUUACUACAGCUCUCAAACCGGCCAUAGCAUCAAAACAGUACGGUUACGAGGACGCACUUUCAUCUCUGGUCGCAGAAGCCGCACUCGCCGUCAUGCCUAAAAAUCCGAAGAAUUUCAAUGUGGACAACGUUCGCGUUGUCAAGAUCAUGGGCGGCAGCCUUUCGGGAAGCAAAGUCGUGCAAGGGAUGGUAUUUGGCCGCGAACCGGAAGGUAUCAUCAAAAAAGUUUCAAGCGCGAAAGUAGCCGUUUUUACAUGUGCUCUCGAUAUUGCACAAACUGAAACGAAAGGCACUGUCCUCCUCAAAAACGCAGACGAAAUGCUCAAUUUCACGCGGGGCGAGGAACAACAACUUGAAGGGAUCUUUAAAGAGAUCGCCGAUUCAGGCAUCAAAGUCAUCAUUGCAGGCUCAUCUAUUGGUGACCUCGCGCUACACUACCUCAAUCGUUUCAACAUUGCCGUUCUUAAGGUCCUCUCCAAAUUUGACCUCCGCCGUGUAGCUCGUGUUGUCAACGCCACACCUCUCGCCCGCGUCGGCGCACCCAGCCCAGAGGAAGCAGGCUAUGUCGACAUCUUCGAGACAACGGAGAUCGGUGGAGACCGUGUCACCGUCCUCCGUCAGCUCGCUCCCGGCGAGGAUGGGUACCAGGGACACACAGAGAAGACGCGCACAGCGACGAUCGUGCUUAGAGGGGCGACGGCUAACCAUCUCGACGAUCUUGAGCGCGCGAUCGAUGAUGGCGUUAAUGUGAUCAAAUCCCUUAUAAAAGAUCCACGGCUAGUUCCUGGUGCAGGUGCGACAGAACUGGAGCUGGGCAAGCGUGUUGAGGCAUACGGGAGCGGGAUGAGGGGGCUAGCACAACAUGCUGUGAAGCGGUAUGCCACAGCACUCGAAGUCAUACCGAGAACGCUCGCCGAGAACGCCCUGGGAGGCGCUGAGGGCAACGAGGUCCUCAGUCGGUUGUGGGCCAAGCACGAACAGCAAGGCGGCGAAGCCUGGGGUGUCGAUAUAGAGGCCGAACAAGAUGGCACUCUGCUAGCUACCGACUACAAGAUCCUAGACCCACUAGCCGCAAAACAGUGGGCCAUCAAGCUCGCAACAGAAGCCGCCGUAUCCGUACUCAGCGUCGACAGCAUCAUUAUGAGCAAACCUGCAGGAGGACCCAAAGUCCCUCAACAAGCAAGUAAUUGGGAUGAAGAUUAGGACACUGCUAUAGCUACCGGAAUGCCUAGACUGCUUUACAGCAAUUUUACGCAGACCAAGAAAGUUUCGAUUAAUGGGAACAAAAAAUGGAUGAAGCCGAAAAGAACGUUAGGAUGAGCAGCGAGAAUAUUGUGGGGAGUGAUACUGUAUAAUGUCAAUGAUAGAUAUUCGCGAACGGUGACUCAGAACGGAAUGUCAAAGGAUGAUAACAAGGAGUCCAUCGUGGAUGGUGGCGGGUUUAGUAUGUAGGUGCCAGUGACCAUAUACAUGAGCGUCUAUGAUUUAUGACUCAUUGCACACAGCUGGACUGUCAUCUUCGUCGUCCUCCCUGAGAUCAGGCCCCUCCAUUUCAUUCUCUUCUAUGUGGUGGUCAGCUUCAAGCUCGUCGUCAAAGAUGACAUGGAACCGCGACUGCAGCAAGCAUCGAUGAGUACUAUAGUGUCACACCAUGUAUACUUCUUGCA